UUGACAAUAUGACAAUACACACAACUCAUGAAGUCACAAUCACGUAGCUUUUCAUAAUCUCCUUAAUUUGUACAGCAUGCAAAUCAAUUUACUUUUUAAAAGAAUCCUUUAAAAUAUUCGGAUUACUUAAAAUUCUAAAAAAAUUGUUAUAUUUCACGAAAGUUCUACGCUUAUGUAUUAAACUCUAACGACGAAUUAGUUUCAUGUUUGAAAAGUGAAGGCAUAAUGGAUUUUGAAAAUACUGCUACAGUUUUGGAAGAAACGGAACAGGUUAUACGAGAAUGCUUCACUCAGUUUCAACUAGACGAGGUGUUCCUAUCGUUCAAUGGCGGAAAAGACUGCACGGUUUUAUUAGACGUCACAAUAAACGUAUUAAAAGAUUUAUACAAAAGAGAUGACAUAGGUAAAGACUUAAAAAUCGUAUACAUAAGAACCAUUGGUCCGUUUAAAGAAAUCGAAAAUUUUGUAAAAGAAAUAGAGAAACUCUACGGUGUUAAAAUAAUAGUGACAGAGGGAGAAAUUAAAACGACAUUACAAAGGACAAUGGAACAAGACAGCAAAUUAAAAGCAUGCUUACUGGGAACGAGGCGAACAGAUCCAUAUAGCGAAGGAUUAAAAUUUAUGCAGAAAACAGAUAUCAACUGGCCACAGAUUGUGAGAGUAUCGCCAUUGUUAAAUUGGAGCUAUCAUCAGAUAUGGAGUUACAUUCUGCAAAAACAAGUGCCGUAUUGUAGCCUUUAUGACAAAGGAUACACAUCAAUUGGGAGCAUUCAUAAUACUUGGCCCAAUCCAUCACUCUCAUACAAAGAUUCUUUCGGUCGAGUGACCCAUCGACCGGCUUGGAUGCUCGCUGACCCGACCCUUGAGAGAGCUGGGAGAGGUACAAAUAAUAUUACCGUAACAGAACACGCAGUACAAAACCCUAUAGAUAAGUGCCUCUGUAUAGGCGAAGUAAAAUCAGAUGUCUCAUGAUACGAUUGAAAUCGAAUCAAUUUUCUGACUUUUCGACAUAGCUGAAUAACAUCUAGAUUUAAUUAAAUACUAAAAUUGACCUACGACAUUCGACAAGUGAUUAUAAUUUGGAAACAAAUAAAUUUACAUAAAAGUAGAACUGACUGUGACUGAAAUCUGACUAAAAUGAAAAUAAAUUAUUGCAAUCAAAAAAUAAUAAUGACAAGCUUCUAUAUACAAAAUUUUCGUAUCUAUGCUGUUGAGCGUUGAAGAGUUGUUCGUCUGGAGCUAACCCUGAGUGUAGGACAUAUUUAUGCUAACCAUAAAAAUGCACUGUCACCGUAACACGCAAAACUUCAACUCCAUAGCAUCAGAGAAAGUAGAUUGCAAGAUUUGAACAAACAUUGAAAAAAAA